AUCGCUUUCGGGCAAUUUGACAACAUGCAAAUGAAUAGUCUGUUGGGAGGUGGCCACGCGGUGCAGGGAAGUUUGCAGAUUUCAGCAAAAUGGCAGAACAGCAGCAGAGGAGGAGACCGAGGCUGCCCAGAUUUAGCUCAGAUGAGUUGGAGGUGCUGAUUAUAGAGGUCACCACCCAGAGGGACCAACUUUUCAACCGUGCCCACCGAUUGUCACAGGGAGAUCGUGACAAAAUAUGGCAGGAAAUCACUGCCAAGGUCAAUGCAGUCUCAAUUGUCAAAAGGUCUGUAAAAGCCACCAAGACACGUUGGGAUGGCCUAAUGCGGCGCACCAAAGAGGUAGCUAAUUUGGCGAGAGCAGCACGCCAAAUUCAAGAUGCACCCUGCGGACCAGAAGACCUUACCCCAGAGGAAUGGAGAGUCCAUAGGGUCAUGCAUCCUCAAUCUAUAAUUUGCAUGGGUGGACCAGAUCCUGCAGAUUUUCCAUAUUGGAGGACAAUAAAGGAGGAAAGAGGAUGCACUGCAGAGGAGGCUGGGCCAUCAGGGACAUGUGUCACUUCCCGUGAGGAUAGUGCAAGAUGUUGGACACCAUCCUCAGAAUCUCCCUCUUCCCCUCAUGUACCACCCUCUCUGCCAGAGCCAUUCCUGUCUCACAGGGAUAUUUGCCCCUCACCAAAGGACAGUGUGAUGAAUGACUUUGAUAGGCAACUGCUUACUGCUCAAAACCAGCAAACUGCGCUCAUGAGAGAUUUUUGGGAAGGUUUCCAGCCUCUCAUGCGGGACCUCAUCCAGGCAACUCGGGAGCUAGCUCACGAAACGCACUUGGUUGCGCAGCACACCCAUCAGGUGGCCCAGCAGACACAGGGAGUGGCUGACAGCACCAGGGAACUGGUGACGCAGAAUCAGCAGUUGAUCCUUCACACCCAGGAAAUGGCUCAAAACAUUUCAGAGAUAAAUCUGUCUAUGCAGCAGCACUUUUCCCCAGCUUCACAGGAGCCACUCAGGCUCAUAAAGGCCGUGCUUAGACAGUCAGAGCACGCGGCAAGCUUACUGGGCCACUCACCUGCACUCCUUCAGUCGGCGAGGAGUCCAGAACCUUCUGAAGUGGAACAGUGUGAGAUACUUGGGUUGGCACAAACAAGGAACAACUCCAGGAGCUUAGGAAGGAAAAGACGAUUAGUUUAGGGAUCCUGCUACUGAAAUAGACUGAGAUAUCACAAUAUUUAAUUUUUGAUCUUAUAUUUUUUAAGCAAUAUUUUUUAAUGCAGUAUGUUCAAUUUUUGUACUUAUUUUUCAAAUAUUAA